GCUUCCAAGCCUGUGACCUAUACACCACACAUUCUUUCCUUUGCGUCGGUAUAAUUUAUAGCUUAUUUGUGUCUGCAGUCGGAAAGGGCUCCCAAAGCAUCGCAGGCGUCCUGGGAGCUCUCAGCAGCGGUUAUCGGAGCAUCUGUGAAUAGACCGGUUAUAGCAAAGAGCCCAAAAUGAAGGGCACAGCUGGCCAGCGCCAGGGCAACCAGGCUCGCGCGGGCGGAAGGACUGUAUCCGUGGUCUGUAAUGCAAAGUACAGCGCGCCACUACGCAACCAGCAGAGUGGCGCUGCGGCUCCGCAAACUGCAGAGUUUUCUGGGCGUGGGGCCACAACAUGUGGGACGUUCAUUCCGGGGUUGCCCGAGCUCUCGGGGCUCGCUGUGCGUCCCAGCUCGCCGACAUGGCGCAUCGUCCAGAGCCGCCAGCGUGAAUCGGUCAUCGCAAACUCAACUGACUACACGUCCAGCGCCAGCGAUGAGGGCGUUCUGCGCUUGCCAGGGCGCACCGAGCUGGAGCCCCAUAUGGUCACCAACGUCUUCGGCUUCCCGCGCAACCUGGUGGACAAGUACCACCUGGGGCGCGUGAUUGGCGCCGGCAGCUUCGGGGUGGUGCGCGAGGUGGUGGAGAAAGCCACCGGCAAGACGGCCGCGGUGAAGACCAUCCCCAAGGUGCCCAAGCGCGGCCUGCCCACGCCGCGCUACCUGCUCAAACUGCGCACCGAGGUGGAGAUCAUGCAGCAGCUGGGCUACAGCCUGGACGCGGUCAACCUGCGGGACGUGUUUGAGGACGACGACUCCAUCCACCUGGUCAUGGAGCUGUGUGAGGGUGGCGCGCUGCUGGAGCGCAUCGAGGCGCACAAGUACUCUGAGAAGUACAUUGCGCGGCUGACGCGCUCCAUCCUGCGCUUCAUCAGCCAGUGCCACGCCAAGGGAAUCAUCUACCGCGACGUCAAGCCGGACAACUUCCUGUUCCUGCGCCACGACGACGAGUCGCCACUCAAGGCCACCGACUUUGGCCUGUCCAUCCGCCACUGGCCCGACGAGCCCAAACUCACCUCGCGCUCGGGCACGCCCGCCUACAUGGCUCCGGAGCUGGUGCUGCAGUCGUACGACGAGAAGUGCGACAUCUGGAGCGUGGGCAUGCUCACCUACCAGCUGCUGACGGGCCGCUUCCCGUUCUGGGAGGACGUGCGCACGCAGACGCUCAGCGACGUGUGGAAGGCCAUCCUCACGCAGGACGUCAACUGGGACGCGCAGGAGCUGAAGCAGCUGUCGCCCAGCGCGGUGGACCUGCUGAAGCGGCUGCUGCAGCGCGACCCCGCGCAGCGCCCCUCCGCCUUCGCCGCGCUGGAGCACCCCUGGCUGUCCGAGGAGGGCCGCGCGCGCGACCUGCCGCUGCAGGGCAGCGUGGUGCAGCGCCUGCAGCGCUUCUCCACCUUUGGGCACCUGAAGCAGCUGGUGCUCAAGAUCAUCGUGGACGAGAUCCGCGACGAGAUGACCGGCGCCGCCGCCGCCGGCCAGAAGCCGCACGGCGUCAGCCGCAAGGCGCGCACCGCGCUGGGGAACCUGCAGGACCUGUUCAACGAGCUGGACACGGACGGCAGCGGCGCCAUCUCGUUUGAGGAGCUGUCGUCCGGCCUGCGCCGCCAGGGCUACGUGCUGGCGGACAACGAGAUUGAGAACCUCAUGCGGCGCGUGGACAGCGACCACAACGGCACCGUGGACCUGUCGGAGUUCAUCGCCACGCUCAUGGACUGGGACCAGGUGCAGUCGGAACAGAACUGGCAGACGUACCUGGACCACGCGUUCCGCAAGAUGGACCACGACGGCGACGGCUUCAUCAGCCUGGACGAGCUGCUGCAGCAGCUGCCGCCGCUGAGGCCCGCGCCGGGGGCGCCGGCGGGCGGCCUGGCGCAGGUGGUGGGCUCAGCGGUGUCUGGCGCCGCCGCGGCGCUGGGCCUGGGCGGGCGGCUGGAGGCGUACGAGGGCGACGCGGAGCGGCUGGCGGAGGCCAAGCUGAUGCUGCGCGAGGCGGACACCAACGGCGACGGCAAGAUCAGCCGCGAGGAGUUCUUUGACCUGCUGCGGGACGGCCACGCGCCCGACAGCCUGUCCUUCUACGACGACCGCCUGGCCAUUGGGGAGGACGGCCGCGCGCGGCCCGUGACGCAGGCACACCCGCCCUCGUCACAGCAGCAGCAGCAGCAGGGCGGCCUGCAGACGGCGCAGAGGUAGAGACGCACGGGGCGCCAAACGCGCGACAGCGUGUGCGCACACGGCGCGUCUUGUGCAAGGCGGCAGGCGACGCGCAGAUGGUGACGCACGUCGUUGAGACUAGACUUGAGGCACCGAGAGACGCGAAGGCGCAGGGAAUGCGGCAGCCACGGCGCCGGCGCGUUUUUGAUGACAGGCUUGCGUUUUCAGAACUUGGCACGAGCGUGUGUGCGUCUGUCUGAGCGUGCUUUGUGUGUUGUAGCAUAUAGCUUCGCAAUGGGCAGUGCGGGUGCAGAACACUGCAUUGCAUUGCAGGGCAGGGCAGGGCACGCCGCCGUGGCAGGGGCCAGGGGCAGGCAUGUGGCCGCGCACGGGGGAGGGGCGCUCGGUUUUGGGGUGAGAGCGGCCCUUCAGCAGCAAAUGUGUGUGUGUGUGUAUGGGGGCUUCGAUGCAGCACGGGACUACUUGCACGUUGCAUGCGGUUGUGUGUAAGGCUUGAUGGGCCGCCGCUUGCUGCUCUGCGAAGGGUGCCGGUACGCACGCGUGGGCAGCAGCGCACGGCCACGCAAUGCUGCUGGCUAGGAGCACGCGAGGACCUUGCUGGGACUUGUCAGGACAUGAACGCUAUUUGAGAACUUGUUUCAAGCCGCAUGAUAAAGAAUGUGAAUGACGUCGUUGAACAGUACGGGGGUGGCACGGGUGAGGGGUGGCCAGCAGCAUGCGCCGGACCCGAACUGGACUGAACCUUUGAGCAGGCAGGUCGGCUUGCUAUUCCUUGUUUCUUGAUUCGAAUGGGGACCCCGGCUUUUCUGUGAGGCGGUGCUGCGGGUGUAGAGUAGGUGGGUGGGGGCGGUGUGUCGUGUUGCCAGGCCGCCAAGGGGCGUGCACGCGCACACACACUGCGGCAGCUGAGACUGCCAUGCCAGAGGGUGGCGGGUGUUGCUGGCAAGCUCUGGAGAUCGUGAUUACGUGGGGGCAAACAACCUGUGGGUAUGCCAGUGUGUGUGCGUGCCUUUCAGACGUGGUGGGGCAAAGCCAAAGCCGACCAACCAAGCGCUGUAACACCCACGACCG